GACUAACACAGGUAAUGCCUUGUUUACUCGACACUGCAUCUCUCAUCCGCUCCCCCGAGAUUGCACUACCUACUACCUCACACAAUACCAACCAUGUGUCUAGGUUGCUUGACGUGCCGCGAGCGAAGAGUGAAAUGCGACGAGGUCACUCCCGCUUGCUUCCACUGCGAACGUCUCUCUCUCAAGUGUGAGCCGGCCGGCGAAUAUGUACCGCGAAAGGAGCAGAAAGCCCGGAAGGCCAAGGAAGCCAGGGAACGGCCGCCGAAGGUUAUCCACCCAAAGACUACCACAGAUGGUGCUCUGAUAUCGGCUCAAGCAGGAUUCGGCUCCGUCCACAACAGCCCGCCUUCCGUGUUCACUCAUGGCCUGGGACCCGAUAUCGCGGGCAACCCCCCUUUUCCGCUACCGCUAGAGGGGGACUUCCUCGAGGUCAUGUUUGCCCCUUUUCCAUUUUAUCACCCUUCGCCCUUGUCUGAUAUGGCGCUCGAGUCAAUUGGUCUCCUGGCCAGUCUACCCACUCUUCGUCCCCUCAGCGAGGACGAACACCGAGCAUUAGAUUACUACCAAAAGGAAAUCGCCUUUGGCUUCGGUACUAAGUCUCCUGCAUGGUCGACUCACGCAAUCCUCAUGAAGACUGCACGUCGCAGCUCGGCCGUGCUGCACCUCCUCUUGGCAGCGUGCCUCGCCGAGAUGGGAUGGCUGAGCGAAGUAUUCCGUCCCAUGCUCGACAGGGCAGGCGAGAAUUAUAGACUGGGCCGCCAGCUCCUGGAAGGCGAGAUCACCGACUCCACGGCCGAUCCGCUGGUCGUCAUGGCGUCGUUCUGGUUCUUGUAUCUGCAGCAACGCAGGCGAGCGACCAAAUUCCACAUGGCGUACGGGGAGCUGAGCCGGAUGAUGUCCGAAUACUUCCGCAAGGACCAGUUGCACCAAAUACUGGUUUCAGCGCCCGAAGAAGAAGAUGCAGCAACCCAGACGGGGUCAGCCGGCUCCAUCUGCUCCGCCGACCGGAAAGCGCUGCUGGCCCGACUCACGAGCUGGCUGUUCUGGGUCGACGUUCAAUCGUGCUUCCAGGGCGACGGCGGGUCCAUGGCGAGGCUUCUGGCGCAGCCGACUUCACCUCAAGGCCUUCUCGAUCUCUACGAAACGUCCAGGGCGACGCUGCAGCUGCACUGGGACGGCGACUACCCCGACGACGAGCUGACCGACGACCUGCAGAACUCGAGCGCACUGGAGCUGAUCCACCACACGUGGGUGCUGGUGCAAGAGAUCAACGACGCGACGACGGCGGGCGAGUCCUCCCUGCCCAUCACCGUGGAGACGGCCAGGGCCCGCGACAUCAAGACGCGCAUGGAUGCGCUGCGGCGCAAGUACCCCAUCAGCUCCGUGUUCCGCCUGGCUAGCUCGCCGACGCGCGUCAGGAACAGGCUGCUGGCCAAUGCCGACUGGGCCGUCGCGAACUACUAUGCCCUGAGGAUCUACUACUUCCGAUGCAGCCUCACGAGCGACGAGCUAGGCUUUGCGGCGACGGCGACGGCGGCUUCUUCCUCUCCUUUGACCACCAACUACGCGUCCUCCCCGAAACCACCCCGGACUGCUGCUGGCAUUGCCGAGACCGUCGACGAAACACUGCUCCUGAUACAAAAGACGCUCGAGACGGGCGACCGGGGCCAGACGGACCGCAUGCAGUGGCCGCUCUUCUGGGUCGGCGUCGAGACCACCGACGGCUUCAAGCAGAGGUGCAUUUUGGGCAACUUGAGAAACAGGGAGCUCCACGACGCGCUGCAAAUCGUCUUCCUCGAGCAGGCCGGCGGUGCCAGGGCGAGCAUCGCGAGGAUCCGGCAGAUCUGCCAGGCCGCCUGCGUCACGGUCCCGGAGCCAGGUCUGGGCGUGUAUGGGGUGGAAAUGUGAGUACCGGGCUAAUACGUUUCUUGCAUGUCUUCUUGUUUUUGGUCUAGGUAGCUCGGUGUUUAGUUGCCCUUGGGUCUUGGGCGCUAUUUGUCUACAUGAUAGGGUAUGACU